GCUGCAGCGGCGCGGAAAGCGGCGGAGGUCGGAGAGAGCCGGUGGAUCCCUGGGCGCGGUCGUCAGCUGGAGGUAGCAGGGGGGAAAAAGAGCUCUUGAUUGUUUUCAUUGACUGAACCAAAGGUGAAAUGGCGUCGAUGCUGCUGAGCCGACAUUUAACAUCUUCACUGCAACAGAAUUCAAGGAUAUUUGCAGCUGGGCACAUGGGAAUCAGUCAAGCCGCAGCUAAGAUUGAUGUGGAAUUUGACUACGAUGGGCCUCUCAUGAAGACAGAAGUCCCUGGGCCAAAAUCUCGGGAAUUAAUGAAACAGUUGAACGGAAUUCAGAACGCAGAAGCCGUGCACUUUUUCUGCAACUACGAGGAAAGCCGAGGGAACUACCUUGUCGACGCCGAUGGGAACCGUAUGUUGGACCUGUACUCCCAGAUUUCUUCCAUCCCUAUAGGUUACAGCCAUCCCUCUCUAAUAAAACUUCUACAGCAGCCCCAGAACCUGAGUACCUUCGUCAACAGACCCGCCCUGGGGAUCUUGCCCCCAGAAAACCUUGCUGAAAAGCUCAAGGAAUCGUUGCUCUCGGUGGCUCCUAAGGGUCUAACUCAGGUUAUAACCAUGUCUUGUGGAUCUUGCUCUAACGAAAAUGCCUUUAAAGCCAUCUUCAUGUGGUACCGGAACAAAGAAAGGGGGCACAGCAACGUCACCAAGGAAGAGCUGGAAACAUGCAUGAUCAACCAGCCGCCGGGUUGUCCCGAAUACAGCAUGCUUUCCUUUAUGGGUGCAUUUCACGGGAGAACUAUGGGUUGCUUAGCUGCCACGCACUCUAAAGCCAUUCACAAACUGGACAUCCCUUCCUUUGACUGGCCCAUUGCGCCAUUCCCAAGGCUGAAGUAUCCCCUGGAAGAGUUUGUGAAAGAAAACGAAGAGGAAGAAGACCGCUGUUUAGAGGAGGUGGAAGAUUUAAUCGUAAAAUACCGGAAAAAGAAGAAAGUUGUUGCAGGGAUCAUUGUUGAGCCUAUUCAAUCAGAAGGAGGAGACAACCACGCGUCAGAUGACUUUUUCAGGAAGCUGAGGAACAUUGCCAGAAAGCACGGUUGUGGUUUCUUAGUGGACGAGGUGCAGACAGGAGGCGGCUGCACAGGCAAGUUCUGGGCCCACGAACACUGGGGCCUCGACGACCCGGCCGACGUCCUGAGCUUCAGUAAGAAGAUGAUGACCGGAGGAUUUUUCCAUAAGGAGGAAUUCCGGGCUAAUGCUCCAUAUCGGAUUUUCAACACUUGGCUCGGGGAUCCCUCCAAGACCCUUCUGCUCGCUGAAGUCAUUAACGUCAUAAAAACAGAGGAUCUCUUGGGCAACGCUGCUUACGCAGGGAAGGUCCUGUUGACGGGGCUGCUGGAUUUACAGAGCCGCUACCCACAUCUGGUCAGCAGGGCGCGAGGACGAGGGACGUUCUGUUCGUUUGACGCUCCGAACGAAGCUAUUAGGAAUAAACUCAUUGCCAUAGCCAGGAACAAAGGUGUGAUGUUGGGAGGCAGUGGCGAUAGAUCAAUUCGAUUCCGGCCCACCCUGGUCUUCCGGGACCAUCAUGCGCACCUCUUCUUGAACAUCUUCAGCGAUAUCUUGGCAGACUUCAAGUAGCCGAGUCUUAACUUUGCACUCAGAGAGCCCAAAUCCUAUAAGAGUCUGAGAAUAGUUUAUUUAAAAUCAUAUAUCUAUCUAUCUAUAUAUAUAUAUUUUCACUAAUAGGAAAAGAACUGAAUUCAUAAAGUGUUGUUUUGUAAAAUA